UCUGACAUUUUUAUUGCAAUUUUCAUUGGAUCUCUUAACGUUUUCUUAUUUUACGUUUGUUCAAAGCUCAUAUUAAUUAUUCGUUAUUUCUUAACUUUUAUACCAUGUUGAACAUAAAGCAUGAGUUACCAAAGCGUUUUAUUUAUUACUGACAAACAUUUAUUUCAGUUACAAACCAUGUUCUAAAGGAACUUGUUUCCAGUGUCAUAUUUGCUGACUGACAAAAGGUGAAAGUGUUUUAUAGGUAUUAGCCAUGGCUUGUGUAGAAAUGCAGCACGAAAAUAUGGAGUCUGAAAGGGAAGAGGGUGAAAUUGUAGAUGAGCUCGAUGAUCUAUCAGAUAUUUCGUCAGAGGAAGAGUUUUUAUUGCGACAAAGGUUAGAAAUUCUGGAAAACUACAACAAUGUCCUUGAAAGAAAGGAGGCUAAAAGAACAUCUCUGGGCACAGGUAAACCAAAUAAAACAAAACCUUCAUUUUGGCAAGAGUUCACAAAAGUAUCAGAUGAUAAAAAUGAUUCUAAUACACAAGAAGUGUACCGAGUUACUCGAACUGAAAAAUACCUAAAAAAAACUAAAAAGUCAAAGGAACAACCAAAAGAAAUUGAGCCUUUAAAAAAUAACAGAAAAAAAUAUGCUCGCAGUAAAAAGGUUCUACCAAUGAAAGUGGUGAGUGAAACCAGUGAAGAUUCAGAGGAUGAUGAAUACAAGAAUAAAAGGCGAAAAUUAGCUGAUGCUGUCACUCUUAAUAAAAAUAAAGUAGACACAAGUAGUUCUUUAAAAGACAGACUCGCCAAAAUGCUUAAUGCCAAUCAGACGAAAACUGCAGAUUCUUUUAUUAUUAAAAAUCCAAUAAUACUCACAGGUCCAAAUACCAAACCAGCCCAUAAAACUAGUUUAAAAGCCAACGCAGACAUUAUUUCUUUGAAUAGUGAUUCCACCGAGAAUAAUGCUAUUGAAAAUCCAAAUGUAUUAAAUGAUCUUAUAGAUACAGAUGAUGAUAUAAAAAUUAUUGAAAAUGUUGGUGAAGACUCACAUGAUACUGUUGAUGCGGGAAUUGUAGAACAGAAGAAAGAUUUACAACCUAAUGAUAGUGGCGCAAGUACUGAUGAAGAUUUAGAGUCAUUGAGGCAGCAUGCUUUGAAAACAAAAUCUUCCAAAUUAAAAUUAGCUCUUCCUGAUGUACAAAACAUUGUUGCCAAUAAACCAGAUUCAGAAGACGAAGAUAGUGACACUGCUGAGUUGAGAAUGAUUUGCUUAAGGUCAGCAUUGUUGAAAAAAGCAAUAGAGAUGAAAAAGAAACAAAAAUUGCAGAAACGGUUGUCCCAACAUUCAAUUAUGGAAGAUGACUUUUUUGAAAAUUGUGCUAAUGAUAGGAAUGAUACCGAAAAUAAUACAGAUGUUGAGAAUGUUGAUAUGGAGAUUGGUUCGGAUGGCGAUGAAAAGAGUAAAGAUGGCUGUGAUAAUAAUAAUAUUUUUAAUGAAUUUGAUGUUAAGAACUUAAAACAGUGUACAGGUUCAGUUAAAGUAGCCAAAGAGGAUGAAUUGGAGGAAGAUGAAGAUUUAUUAAGAGCAAAAUUAUUGACAUCUUUAAGUAAAAACCUUCCUAAUCUAGUAGAUAUAAAUACAUUAACUAAUACUGAAGUUGAAGUUGCUAGAGAAGUAACUAAACCAAGAACAGAAGUGGUGAAAAAAAUGAAAAUACCAGAAGAUAAGAAAUUUAUUAUAACGCUUGGUGAUUCAGACUCUGAAGGUGAACAUGAAGCUACGAAAAAUUUGACAAAAAUGCACAUGAAAUUGGCAGAGCAAACAGAAUUUCAGCAAAAACUUGACCAGUUUUUGAAAUCUACUAGAAUGGAAGUCGAGAAAAAUGCUUUACCAGAUGUUGUUCAACCUCAAGCUCCACCAAAACCAACUCAGAAAUUUGUUCCCAAGGCAAUGAACCAUUUACCAAAAUCAGAACAAAUUGAAUAUAAAAACUUAGUGAAAAGAAUGGCUGAAUUAGAAAAAUUGAAACAGGCGCGACAGCUCUCUUUGAAUAAUUUAAAUAAGCCUAGUAGUAAGGAAACACUAAAACCUAGAAAUAAUUCAGUAAAUACAAUGGAAGUGAAUGCUAAGAAAUUAGAAGAAAAGAUUGCUUCAUCAAGAAAAAUGAUUGCCGAGGAAUCAGCUAAAAUGUUAAAACUAAAAGAGGAAGCAACAAAGUUGUCUCAGAGAUAUAAAAUAGUUUCCAAUGAACUGAGAAAUAUUACAACGGCAAUCACCCUUAAUAAGAAACAACAAAGAAAUGUGCAGAAUGGAUUAUCGAAAAUAAGACUGCAGCAUCAAAUGCUUUUGAAGAGCUCAACUACACUUAAACAUUCCACACCCCAUCCGCCUUCCAAUACCAAUAAUAAAGUAAUUAAUAGCACGAAAAAACAGAAAGAAAAUGAACCAUUAGUUAAGGAACAUAAAAACCCCAAUUUACUGAAAUCAGUAAAAGUUAGUGUAAUAAAUGAUUUAAAUAAGGAUACGUCUACAAUUAAUAAUCCACGAUUGUCAGUUGAAAUCGAUGUCAGUAGCAAUAAAAAAGUAGUUAAAGCAAAAACGCCGACCAAAGAGAGAACUGUAGAUUUCCAAAAGACUGAAGACCAUAUCGGUGAAUUUAGUGAUAUGAAUAAUUCGAUUGUUAGCGGAAGGAAAAUGGAUGAGGAUAGAAAUAAGCAUGAAUGUGAAGUCAAAGACUACAUAUCUCCGUUAGAUGCUCUGGGACGGACAGAUUGGAAGGAAGAUCCGAACGCAUUCCUGUGCCCGUUCGAAGUUGGCGGCACUUGCAAGGACACCGACUGCAAAUUCCUACAUUUACAAUCACAGACUCAAUGACAUUACACAAAAUCACACAGACACUCGCUACGCCACAGAAAAAAACACAAAAGACACACACAUACUCCCCUUUCCCUGUAAAUUGUGCCAACUUCAACCGUCGACGGAUCCUUCGUUCGAGUGUAAAGUAUUAAUCGAUUUGUUUAUGCUACAUGCAUGCUAUUGGGAGUCUCAAUCGAUUUGUUUUUCGUGUUGCGAUUUUAGAUGUGGUUUAAUGCUUUUCGUAUUUUGUAUCACUGGAAUGGGGCAUUUGUUAUAGCAAGAUAUGGUAAAAUGUAAAUAAUUUUCUUAUUAACGUAUAGGUAGAUAUUAACUUGCAAAUAUAUAUUAUUAUUCACAUUUUGCCUUGCAUUUUAAAAACAUGCGUCAUCACUCGUAUUUUCUCAAUUGCAUCAAAAUAAUUUCAAUGAUUCUAGUUUCUACCCUUUUAAAGUAUCUAUUAAACCAUUUUAUAUUUUUAUUUUUAUUUUAUUCAUUAUUUAUGCAAUUUCUAGUUGGCGAGGCAUGCGCGGGUCGCCUUUCUCUGGCUGUGGUAAGUUUUAAAUAGUGGUUUUGUAGUGAUUAAGACUCAGGACUGGCCGUACAGUGUUCGACGCGCACCGAAUGGUAAAACUGAUGUGAUUGUGUUAUUUAAUUUAUAAUAUUAUUAAUUAUAUAUUAUUAAUAAUUAUACAAAAUAUUAAACAUAAAAAUGUACAUAAUGUAAAAAGUUUUAAAAAUAAA